AUGGCAAAAAUUUCGUCGUCCUUUUUUACACUCUUUUAUUAUUUUUUAUUCAAUUUUGUUCCAAUCUGGACUGCUUAUUUCUCUCAAUUUUCUUCUCUUCGACAACCAGAUAGAGAUCCUUGUUAUGAUUCUGCUGGAAGACCUGUUAGAUGUGUUCCAGAUUUUAUCAAUGCUGCUUUUGGAAAGCCGAUUGUCGCUUCUAGCACUUGUGGAACUAAUGGAAAACCUUCGAGGUAA